AUGACUAAAAUCGUCAUUCAAAACGUUCGUGUCUUCGAUAGCGAGGCUAUCUUGGAGCCGAGUGACGUCGUCAUCACCCGGUCCGCCGGAGAAAUACAGAACUACCUGGGUGAUGAUUCUGAGGCGGUCGAGAAUUCGGACGUCUUCGUCGAUGGGCAAGGCUGCACGUUGAUUCCUGGCUUGAUAGACGCCUACGCCAACAUCAGGGGCGCCAACGCCGACCUUGGCGCCUUUGCAUCGCAUGGAGUCACAACCGUCAUCGACCAGAGCAGCAACACACAGCAAUGCCAGGCUUUGCGCGUAUACGUCGCCGGCCGGACGAGACUACCGACCGUCUUCACCAGCGGAACCCAGGCGGUGCUGCCACAGGAUCCCCAAUCGCACAUCCACGACAACCAGGAUGAGGUGGUCAUACGCACGGCCGAAGACGCCGUAGCUUUUGCGGCCGCAAGAGCGAGCGGUCCGGACCGCGCCGACUUCGUCAAGGUCGUCGUCGACGUUCACUCUUCCAGCGACUCCCUCCUCAGAACCAUCGUCGACACCGCGCACGCUUACAAUAAGCUGACAGUCGCCCGCACCACCGGCAAGGCUUCCUACGAGCGCGCCAUGCGCGCCGGGUUCGAUGUCUUCGCCCACGCUCCACUCGAUGCACCCCUUGACCCGGCGCUGGCACGAGACAUGGCCGCUCGGAGGAAGGUCUUCGUGCCGACGCUGACAAUGAUGCGGAGACGCGCGCCCGGCGGAGCUAACGUGGAAGCAGCGCACCGGCCGUCUGGGCCGUCUGGGCCGUCUGGCUUCCCCGUCUCGGAUAUCUCUGGUCGCGCCGGAGGCGACGAUGACAACUCCCCUGCUGCUGAUGACACCGGGUUUCGGCAGCACGACAACCCGGGCGCCACAUCAGGCGGCGACUACGAGAACGCGGCGGCGAGCGUGCGUACGCUCUACGAGGCAGGGGUGACGAUCUGUGCCGGGACCACGGCCAACCCGGUGCCCGGCGCGCAGACACCCUUCGGAGAGAGCCUACACGAGGAGCUGGAGCUGCUCGUCGACGCGGGCAUGGCGCAGCUGGACGUUCUUCGCUCGGCGACGUCUAUCGCUGCCGCGGCGUUCCGUCUCCAUGAUCGCGGCAUCAUCCAAAACGGUCUAAGGGCUGAUCUCCUGCUUGUUGACGGCAAUCCGUUGGAGGAGAUCUCGGCGACGCGCAAGAUCAAGAGGGUCUGGAUUCAGGGCGAGGAUGUUGAGCCUGCGGGGGCUCAUUGA